GGUAGCCCCGGGCCGUAGUUACCUACCUAGAUAUACUAGAGAAGCGUGAGAGGCGAUCCUCCCUGGUCUAUGAAACACCUUAUCGGGUAGGACCGAGUCUUCCAGGGGCUAGGACGAUUAGCGACGCUAAGCAGCAGAUUUGGGGGAAACUUUCCCUUUCCGAAAGCCCCACUUCGACGCUGCCGCGUUCCCUUUAGAAAGCCCACGGCUCUCGGGCAGUCGGAAGGCCUCGUCUCGAGGAAAGUCUCCACGAUAACGCAGUUACCGGACGCCCAGCUGAUUAAUAGGGCAUGGCAGGGGACGACCGCAUCGCCGUCCGAUCGUUCGGAGGUUGCGAUACCUGCCGCAGCCGGCGGGUCAAAUGUGACGAAGCUAGACCUGCUUGCCUCCUAUGUAGGACAGCAGGUUUGACCUGCCAAGGAUACGAGAAGAACAUCUUCUUCGCAUCAGAGGAUGGCGACGGCGAUGAUGACGUCGCCGGAAAAGGGGCUCGUUUUCGGCGGCUGCUCUUUACCGAGGCGGAGCGUAGAGACAUGAGCCGACGGCUCACCUCGAGCGUACCGCCGCCGUCGGUGACGGCGCAACUCUCGCACCUGGAAGAGCAGUGCGGGAAAGCCUCUCCCGAAGAGAGCAUCGAACUACUCGACGGGCCAUUUGGGGUGUUUCGGGUCUUCCUCUCUCUGAGACGCCCUAGCCGGCUCGAAAUAUUACAGCCUCAGCACGCGCCGGAAGAAAUGGCCGACGACUCUACCAUGAGCCAGCAGUGGUCUUCCGAUCUUUUGGAUUCCAUUUUCGACGGUUCCGCGCAAGAACUUCUACCUCCGACGCCGACCAUCUACGACAUCACCGACGUAACUUACGCGGAUGUGACGGCCGAAGUUCUAUGCGAGACGGCACCCGCAACGGAAACGCAGAACACGGCUCUCUGCGUCAGCGGUCGGGGUCCCUUCGGAGACCUAGCAUCGUCAUCGGGCGACCGCUUCUCGCCUAGGACCGUAGAUUUCGGCAUCAGGCCAUACGCGUCGUGCGAUCCCCUGGCCGCGCUCGCGGGCGCGCCUACGCCUAUACCCGGAGACGCCGUGUUCCUGCUCAAACACUACACCUCCAACGUCGUGAACUUCGUCACCCCGUUCGGGCACACCAAGACUCCGUGGCACAGUCUAUUCAUCCCUCACGUAAAGAGCUGCCUCGCCGCUCUGACGAUGGGCGAGAACCUAAGCUACGCGAGCUCGACGAUCUUCUUCGGCACCUUGGCCAUCAGCGCCUCCAGCCUCGGAAGGAUGACACAGCACCAGUCACCAGUAUGGCUCGAGAGGGCGAAGGUGUACGAGAGGCAAGCUCGCGAGUACUGUCGGGCGACGCUGGAGACGGCCUAUCAAGUACCGAAACCGGCGAAGUACAAGACCAUUCUGAUGGCGCUUCUGACCCUCGUCCACCUGUACAGCGUCACCGGCAGGCGGAGGCGCGUCGACUUUUACUUCGUGGAGGCCGAAAAGUUUAUCCGCCUCAGAGGUCUGAGCCGUCAGAAGUCGCGAAAGGUGCGCCUGCUCCACCACUGCUACGCAUUCCAGAGGGUGUUUUACGAGAGUCUCUGCAUCUGUAAUAAUAACCCCCACCGGCACGAGGUCCAGAAAGCCAUAGAAUCGAGCGGCUCGAUCAUCUACAGCAAAGAUAGCCUCUCCUUCCAGGUAUCACGUUGGCGCGACCUAGCCCAGGAGAUGCUGGUACCGAAAGACCAGGAAGAGGGAGAGAACGACCUGCACCUCGAACGUCCCGGAGCGUGGCCUGCGACGCUAUAUCCCGAAAUCUACGGCGUCCCCGAACCGCUGAUCUACCUACUGUCGUGCAUAAUACGGCUGGGCAAGGAGAAGGACAGCGCCGGACAGGGCGUCGCGCAAACCGGCUCGGACCUUGCCGAAUUUCUCAGUCGCGCGAAGAACCUCGAGAACUGCAUCAAGCAGCAUCGAGAUCAGAGCGGUCUCGCGACUCUUGAAAUCUCACGCGUGGAGGUGGCGAAGGUCGACAACCUCGCAAACAUAAUUAGCGCGGUGCAGAACGCGCUGGCAAUUUAUUUUUACCGAAGGAUCUACGACGUCGACUCCGCGCUACUUCAACCGAUGGUGGCAAACGUGCUCCAGUCGCUCACGCGCCAUCAGAGCGAGGGAUCCGGGAUCGCGGGAGGUUCUCUAAGCCUCGUCUGGCCAGCGUUUAUCGCGGCCUGCGAGACCGAAGACGCCACGAUGCAGUCCGCCUUCUCCGACUGGUUCGAGACCUGCAUGAGGAAUAGCGGCCUCGACACGUUUGCGGUCACAAUGAAGACUAUAAGGGAGGCUUGGAGAGCGAAGCCCUGUUCCCGUAGCUCGAGUGUCUCUUGGAUCGACAUGGCUAAGCGCAAACCCGAAUAGCACUUGGAAGGUAUGUUUUGAUCACGCUAUCUACCCCUUAAUAGGAUUUUACAUCUAUAAGUAGGUACGACAAUAUCGUAGAUUACGUGUUAAUAAGAGGUUGAGGAUACGAAUAUUACUGAGAUGGUACCAUUCACAAACGCGGACGUAACCGACC